AUCGUCGGCAUACCAAACCUUUUGUGAAGAGGCUGCAAAGUGUGGAGCUAACUCUUGAGAGUGACAGCGGCGGAAAAUUUUAAUGAAGUGAUUAAAGGGAGAAUAGAAGUUUAUUUUAUUUUCAGUGGUACUGAGGUGGACUACAAUUGGUUUUCGAAAACCAUUCAUUUCAUUAUCAAUUAGUUUUUAUUUCUUUUUGGUUCUUAAUGGAUGGGAACAAGAAUUUCACUUUUCCAUAACUUAAAGAAUUAAACACCUACACAUAUCACGAGGAUCUAAUAAUUAGUUGUUUUUUUCUUGACAAUGAUUGUACUUUAAUAUUUUGCUUAUUGUGGUAGUUUUGGAGUAGUGCGUUACUGCGUUGUACCUAUCGUUCCUAGGACGUAAUUGUGAGUGAAACAUCCCUUCUUUGUUUAUCAUCCCCAUGUGUUCAGCAGUUGAUCGUACUUCCGAUUUUAUACGUUCCGUUCAACUUAGUCGUUCUAAAUUGAAUGACUUUAAGCGUCAAGAUGAAUUAUUUUCUAAUUCACUUGGAAAUCACGUAAUGGACCACACAUCUUUGGGUAUGCCUAAGGCUAAUUCCAAUGAUUCCGUAUUUGAAAACAAUAUUUCACACAAAAUUAAUGUUCUAAAUGGAUCUAUAAAGAAUCAAGAUCACUCUAAUAAAAAAUCUGCCGCUCUUAGUCAGCGUUCACAGUUUACGAAAGCGGCUUCAGUUAUUAGUCAAGAUCUAACAAAUACAUUUUCUAAAUUGGAACAGUUGAAUGCAUUAGCUCGAAAGCAAACGCUGUUCGAUGAUCAUAGUUCGGAAAUUCAACACUUGACAUAUGUUAUAAAAGAAUCUAUAGCGAACCUAAACAAUAGAAUUGCUAAUUUACAAGAAAUUUCGAAAUCUCAGGUAUCUGUUGGGAAUCAACAAUCUACACACUCUCGUUCCGUACUAAUGGUUUUGCAAACUCAUCUCGCUAAAAUGUCUGAUCAAUUUCGAGGAGUGUUAGAAUACCGUUCUAAGAAUAUAAAGUCACAGAAUGCUCGUAAAAGCAAAUAUAGUUCAUUGGAUGACAAGUAUGAAUCAUCUGAAACAAUGUCAUCUGUAAAACCUCCACAUGUUGUUAUCCCGUCAGUUUUGUUAAAAGAUGAUGAACGUGCCAGAGAAGCUUUACUCAGUGAAAAACAAGGAAAUGAUGGACUAAAUGGUUUAGGGAAUUUAGGACUAUCUACUCUACCUGUAAACUCAAAUUUAGGACUUGCUCAAAAAUAUAUCAACACUGAUCAAACUGAUUCCUAUUUACAAUCUCGAUCAGAUGCAAUGCAAAGUAUUGAACAUACAAUUGUUGAACUGGGGCAAAUUUUUCAACAAUUAGCUACUAUGGUACAUGAACAAGAUGAAUCAAUUCGUCGUAUUGAUGCUAAUGUUGAUGAUGCAACAGUUUCAAUUGAAGCUGGUCAUUCAGAAUUACUUCGUUAUUUUCGUUCAAUUAGUUCAAGUCGAUGGCUUAUGAUUAAAGUAUUCUUUGUUUUAAUUAUAUUUUUUGUAAUAUUUGUUGUAUUUUUUGCUUGAUUUUCUCUCUUUUUCUUUUUGUAAUUUAUUAUCAUUAUAAUGAAAGAAUAUAUGAAUAAAGUAGAAGGUGAAACACAUAUUGAAAUACCUCUCUUUACUAUCGAUUACUCAUAUUAAUGUGUUACAUAAUCACACUAUUCUGGGUUUUUUUUGGUAACUUACCGUUUUAUAGUUACAAACACACAUAUACAAACAUACACAGAUACACAUAACGUUUCAUACACCUCCCGUAUGUAUGUAAGUGCACAAAAGACAAUGGCAUAUAUGUCGUAAUAAUACACAGAGGAAUGGGAAAAAACCCUACUGGAAUUCCAAAUAGGUAAUCGUGUUUAUUACUUCAUUUCGUUCUCAUUAAUUCAUAAAUAAAUAAAUAUCAAUCUGUCUUUCAUCCAAUUUACUCACUAUGUAUAAUAAUGAGUUUGUUUGUUAUGCUGUAGUUUGGUUAACUGUUGUGAAGUGGAUCAUUAUAGACAAUUAAGUAAAGAGUUAUAAUGAAAUAUAUAUUUUUUCUUUGUCUGGAUGUGUUUCGUUCAUUCUUUCUUGAUACUCUGAUCGUUUUCUUUUAUCCCUAUAUUCCUUUUUUUCUGUGAUUCUAUCUGCAUCAUUGAUGCUGUGUUCCCUCCCUCCCCCUUCUCUCUCUCUCUCUCUCUCUCUCUAUAUAUAUAUAUAUAUAUAUAUAUAUAUAUAUAUAUAUAUAUAUAUAUAUAUCGACUAUGCAUCGUGUUUCUAGCGUACACACGAACUUCCUCUUAUACCUUUUCAGUCUACACUUUCAAUCUAUCACCUUCCAUGAAAUUGUGUACAAUGUGUAAAUCCAACAUGUUUAAUGAUAUCAUUUGAUCUUGUAUUUCUUUUUUUUUGUUAUGUACCCAAACAGUUGAACUGUGCAACAUUGUUUCAUUGAAUAUAUAAUGACUCUAGGUCUAUCUAUCUAUCUAUCUAUCUAUAUCUCUGCCUUAUUUUAUAUAAAUGAAAGAGAUAAUUCAAUAAAUAUUACUGGUUUAAUUUAUAAACAUUUCAUAGAUUGUUAUUCAUUUGUAUUGUUAAUAUUUAGAUCAAAUAAUUUCAUUCAUUUUAACCUUUAUGACUUUCAUCUUCCCCUCCUUUUUGUUUAGAAAUUGUUUUGUGAUGAAUAGAUUGUAUUAAUUUUGUUGUUUUAUUUUAUUCUUUUUAUUCAUGUAAGGUGAAUUGUUUAGUUUUUCUUCUUUUCUUUCUUCUAAAAAAAGAAAGAGUACACAAUCCAGAGGGGUCCAUGAAUUUGUAGAGAAAUUCGUAUCUGCUUCUCACUAUUCAAAAUAUUACUCAAUAUCUAGGCAUUUUUCUCAUUCAUUUAAUGAAUAAAUGCUACAUGUAAAAACAUACUUUUCACUGGGUGGAGGGAGUGAGGAGAUUUCAUAUCAAAUUACAAAUUUUUUACUAUUCUCUUUGGUAAUUUUUUUUUCUCAUCCGGUAAGUUUGGAUAAGCUACAAUGACUUAUUCAUAGAUGAGAGAUAUGGUUAGCUUUAGAUAAUUAAUAUGAAGUUUCAAUUGGAGAGAUACUGUUAUAUGCAAUACUGACAUGUUAAAUGCUCAUAAAUGCUAGAUAUCGUACUUUUAUUGAAGAUUAUUCUCACACAUAUGAAAGCGAAUUGAAUUUAAUAUAGGUGAAAGAUUUACUUAUCCAUAUCUCUAACUGAAUAC